CUAACUCAUUUGAGCGGGCAUUUUGAAAUUUUGCGGAUGAAUGCGUCAAACGCUGCUGCUGAGCUCAGCGCCACUGAGCAAAGGAUUAUUAGGAUAAAGUCGGAUAUAGAUCAGUUUGAAGAACUAUUCAGACGUGUCGUCAAUGGGUUUGGAGACACUAAAUACCUCAAUGAACAAUAUCACAAACUUAUCCUCACAACCAAGGAUUUAUCUUUUCAUUUGGAUACCCUGCAAAAAGCAAUUCAGCUGGGGUCACAAAUUCCCGAUCUGCGUGCUCGAGCUCGUACUUUAAAUUCUCAAGCCAUAAGUCAACUUGGACGUUUGCAAAAAUUGGGUAAUAGUGUUCAACAACAUGCCAAAAGUGAGACAAAAGUUGAAUCACUUAACAGUGAAGGAAAAUAUCCAUCUGUCAAUGACUUUGCAUUCAGUCAAGGUCCUUUAGAACAAAAGCAGAUAACUAUGGAAUCUAAAGCAGAUAUUCAAAGAGCACAUGAUAUGGAACAGUUGGAAUCGGAUAUUGUUCAAGUGAAUGAAUUAUUCACAACACUUGCCACUUAUAUUCAUGAUCAAGGAACUUUAGUUGAUUCAAUAGGAGAUAAUAUAGAAGUAGCCUAUGAACAGGUUCAAAGUGGUACAGAACAACUGACUACAGCGACGAAACAUCGAAAAUCAGCACGACGUAAAAAGUGUAUCUGUCUUGGAUUAGUCAUCCUGAUUUUAUUCAUUAUAGGCUUGGCUAUUGGAUUAUCCUUGAAACAAUGAUCGAUUGACUGAAUAGUGUUCAUAUACGCAUACAGUGAUACAAUCCGUUGUUUUUUCCUUGUUUUCUUGCUUCACCCCGCCAUUAACAUUAUUAUGUGAUUUGGAAUUUCUGUUAAUUUCUCUUUUUUUUAAUUAUUAUCAUUACUAUUAUUUGAUGAUUAGUUUGAUUUGUUCUCAAAAUUUAUUGAUUUCUCUAUCAUGAUUUCAUCAUCAUAUAUACACGCUGAAUGAAACGCAUACGCCGAAAGCACAACAGAACUACAACACACAAUGUCUUUCAAUGACUUACAAUUAUCUUUUUUCUUUUCUUUUUUUUCCUUUUUGGUCAUUGUUUCAUGGUUUUACUUUGUUUAUUUUUCACUUUUUGACUGACAGACAGACAGACCCCCCCCCACACACACACAAACAUACACUGACAGUAUUCCAUAAUAUUAUAAUAACUUCCAACAUUCUUCUAUGCU